AGCUAAUGCUGGUAUAGUGUGAAUGGUAGUCUGUGGCAGGUGUAAUCAUAAACACACUGCAUGAUAUGACACAUCCACUGGAUUUGCUGACGCAUUACCUGGCUUAAGGUCCACUCCAUAGAGCUGGCCUAUCGCUGUCAUUGUGUCACCCAUCCAACACAGGAUAACAAGGACUCAGAAUGUUCAACACAAAGAGGUUGAAGAAAAAGUCCCAGUCAGUGGACAUCCCUGAUGAGAGUUAUGCCAGUUCAUUCGUCAAAGACCUGCUGGCGUCGCCCAUGAUACAGAACGUGACCAGAUCAGCCAAAACUGAAGAAAAGGGGAUCAAUACCACCAACAUCCAAAAGGCUCGUAGUCCUCGACGUGGAGAGCUCAAGCGAGGUUAUACCAUAGACACCGGGCAGAAAAAGAGUGCGCUGGAGAGGAAAGAUGUCCGGAGGAUAUCCUUCCAGAGGCCCAAAGGCACCAUGGAGUAUGUGGUGGAGUCUCGGGACACACUCAACAGCAUUGCGUUGAAGUUUGACACGACUCCCAACGAGCUCGUCCAGCUCAACAAACUCUUCUCUCGCGCUGUGGUUCCUGGCAAGGUGCUGUAUGUCCCUGACCCGGAAUACAUCUCCAGUGCAGAAAGCUCUCCCUCCCUCAGUCCCAUCAGCCCCCUCUCCCUCACCUCUUCAGAGGCUGAUCUCGAGAAGGCCACCACAGACUCAGAUGAUGUCCACCGGAGACACAGCACUUGUCACGGGCCCCCUCGACCAGCCAGAGUGGUGUCAUCCACCUCCGAGGAAGAAGAGGCUCUUACGGAAAAGUUCCUGAAAAUGAACUGCAAAUACAUCACAGAUGGCAAGGGUAUAGUUAGUGGUGUGCUUCUGGUAACUCCGAACAACGUCAUGUUUGACCCUCAUAAGUCGGACCAUCUGGUGCAGGAGCGAGGAUGUGAGGAGUACGGGAUCAUGUGCCCGCUGGAGGAGGUGCAGUCCGCAGCCAUGUGCCGGGAGAUCACCGACAUCAGGGUCCGAGAGCUCGUGCCACCAGAUCUAGAGCUUGAGCCUUCAAUACCUGAGGUAAGCCAUCUCAAGAGGGCACCACGUCUCAAUACAGGCGAUGCGGCACACCGAAUCCGCGAGACGGGCAACGACAGUACCAGUACGGCCCCUCGCAGCACUGAAGCUUCUCUAUCUGAAGACGUUUUUACCGAGUCAGAACUUUCUCCAGUCCGUGAUGAUCCCCUUGCAACAUCUUCCGACGAGCUGCAGCAGAUAAAGUCCUCUGGUGCGUCUUCUGAAUCUGUGCAAACCAUCAACCAGGCCGCCACAACCACUGAAGAACCUUCAAUGGCUGACAAAAAGGAUGUAAAAGAAGCUGUACAAAAUACAGGAACGGAGGGAAGAGGAUGGAGGGAUAGUGGCAUUAAGCAGAGUCUGAAUGCCACAGGUUUAUCCAAUGAGGUGCUGUCUGAGAACGUUCUGGAGAAUGUAAUGAGGGACCAACCUGCAGACGAGGCCAAGUCACGCACCACAUCUGAGUCGCUUUGUUCGGACACUGUGGCUGUUGAGGAUUUUGCAAAAGCCCAUGAGUCACAGAAGAGCGUGGAAGCACAGACUAUGCAAUCGACCAGUGAUAUGAAGGAAGGAGAACAAAAGAUGUCCAAUGAUUUCACACCAGCUAUUGAGCUUGAAGCAGAUGAAGGACAGAGUACAGAAGUUGUGCCGUUGCCCAAAGGCAAGGAGAAGUCCAAGUCGCACAAGUUCCUGUGCCUGCGUGUUGGCAGAGCCAUGCGGAAGACCUUUGUUUCCCACGCCAGUGCCUCCAUGCUGCAGUACGCCCAAAGAGACAGGAAGCACGAGUACUGGUUCGCUGUUCCUUCUGAGAGGUCGGACCACCUGUAUGCGUUCUUUGUCCAGUGGACCCCUGAUGUGUACGGUGAAGGGCUGGGCGGAGUGACCCGAGAGCCUGGGUUUGUAGUGGUUAAAAAGAACCAGGAUGCUGAAAGCGGGGAGCACGACAAACCAGUGCCUGAUAUCACGUUCAAGGACUGGGAGGUAGUUUCUGUGACUGAGUAUUACCGGCGGAUAGAUGCUCUAAAGAGUGAGGACCUGCGCUCGCUCUGCAAACGUCUUCAGAUCACAACCAAGGAAGAGGUGAACUCCAAACACGUGGUGAAGAGUGACCCAGAACCCGAAUCUUUCAGGCCCAGUCUGACCGAGCCCAGUGACCUGCUGCAACCCGAUCAAAUCGAGAAGCUGGCCAAGCACCUCCCACCCAGGACGAUCGGCUAUCCCUGGUCCCUGGCGUUCAGCACGUCCAAACACGGCAUGAGCAUCAAGAGCCUGUAUCGCACCAUGCAGAGCCAGGACUCCCCGGUUCUCAUGGUGAUCAAGGACAGUGAUGGACAGCUGUUUGGAGCUCUCGCUUCAGAGCCAUUUAAAGUCAGUGACGGCUUCUAUGGCACCGGAGAGACCUUCGUUUUCAGCUUCAGUCCAGACUUAGAGGUUUUCAAAUGGACUGGUGACAAUAUGUUCUUCAUCAAAGGAGAUAUGGAUUCCUUAGCUUUUGGUGGUGGAGGCGGUGAAUUUGGCCUGUGGUUGGAUGGCGACCUCUAUCAUGGCAGAACUCACUCAUGUAAGACCUUUGGAAAUCCAAUGCUCUCGAAAACGGAGGACUUCUAUGUGCAAGACAUUGAAAUAUGGUCCUUUGAAUAACACCCCCCCCCCCCACCACCACCACCUCACAGACUCGGUACAAAAGUAACGAGGCCACAUCACUAGACCCCCAUAACUGAUUGUACACCCUCCACUUGGCUCCUAAGAAGCCCUGAUAGAGGCACAGCAGAUAAACAGUGUACAUUGCACUUAAUUUCUGGAAAUGGUCUGCAUGGGUGGGUUCUUCUUCGUUGGUGUCCCAACGAAAGUUUCAUGAACACAUUUUUGCCCAUUUGCUGCCUGAGGUCCUCUAGUCUUGAGGAUAAGGACGGGCGAUAAUGGCUGUUCCAGAAUGUUUCCAAAAGAAAUGUAGCUCCAGACUUUCCCAGGAGUCAUAAAACAUUGGGUUUUAAGUCCUACUACCGUCAUCACCUGUAGCAUUGCAUCUAUUUCAAGCACUUUUAAUAUCUAACCUCAAAUCCCCUGUUUUUAAAAUGUCUUGUCUGUGCGUUCACACAGGCUCUAUAUAACCAAACACCACUACUUAAUGUAAUAUUCAGUACCGUGUUGCUGUAAAAAUGUGGUGUAACAUGCAAAUUAACGUGUGGUGCCCUUUCCUGUAAGUCCUUUGAUCUGUCUGGGAGUGCUGUAGUUACGCCAGGAGAAACAUGUUUUA